AUGAUAAACGUUCACAGGGGCAACGUCCUAAACAGUAGCCUGCAUUCGUUUCAACGCCAAAACUUUAAUACAGGGGCUAAGCUGGACGUUGCCUUUGUGGACGUUGAGUCCAAAGUGGAGGGGGCAGUUGACCAAGGGGGUCCCUCCAGGGAGUAUUACAGGCUCCUCAUGAGGGACAUCAGGGACUUGGCCAUCUUCGAGGGUCCCGAAGGAGUGAAACGGCUGUCCCUUGAUGUCCAUGGUAAGCCUUAUCUUUUCUUUUUACCUGUGUUAAGGUCUAAUUUUCAUGUAAAACACAGAAUUUAAGCCAAAACAAUUAGUGAAGAGGCUUUUUCAGGUGCCUUGUCUAGGGCGAGAGAUCAUAGGGAUAAUAAAGCUGGCACACAUUUGAAAUUGUCAUUUUAGCAUUACGAGGGCCUGUAUGGAACCAUUGGAAAAAUGGUCAGUGUGUGUGGUCCAUUGAGGGGAUGGGCCACACUUCUUCUCUGAGCAACUCUGAGCAGCAGUGUGUGGGAAGCCUGCUCCUCCACUCAGUCCAGAGGAGGUGAGCCACACUACUCUGAGAGCACAUUUGGACAAUGUACGUUUUAUGUCCUUCUAACAGCAAAAUAAAAUAUUAGAUAAUCCUUCUUUGUUUAAAAUUAUCGAUUGCCUGUCAUACAUUUUUUAUCAGAGGUGAAGAACAAAUUUGAGGAAUCGGUAGACUGGCUGAGCCUACUGGGGCUGAAAAUGAUUAUUUUCAAGACAAUGGAGGACAGGGAUGUUGUGGUUGAAUUGGUGGCUCAACAAUUUGUCAAAGGGAGCAUGCAGGUGGCCUUGGAGCAGUAAGUCAACUCUGUUAUAAAUCUAUGUGAAGUACUUAUCAUUACCUCCUCUAACAUAAAUAUUUAUAAUCGGUCAACCCCCCCCCCCCCCCCCCCCCCCCCCCAAAUCAAUACACAACACUAUAUUGUCCUUAGCACUUAUUUUUUUAUAUGCAGUACAUACUCUCUCUAAACCAUAACAGGUUCAAAUAUGAUCUCAACACUCUUGGGCUGCUGGAGGCAUUGGGGAACCACCCGGACAGCUUCCGAGCACUUUUUAUGGACCCCAUAAAGCCUCCCACUGCCAGGGACCUGAGAGACAUGUUUAAAGUCACCUAUUCCAUACCAGUCGGCAACUGGCGGUGGUUGGAGAAUGACACCAUCUGCCACUAGUUCAACUGGCUGGCCGAGGUGCAAGGUAAGAUAGUAGUUCAAUUGUUAAAGUUUAUCGGCAACUGCAUAUUAUUCCAUUUCUGUAUUUUAAAUGUUUUACUGUGUACUCCUCAGAUGGAGAAUGUCCUCCUUUAACAGUGGCGAUGGUGUUGGAGUUUGCUACCGGUGCGACGGUUGUGCCAACCCUGGGGUUUGAGGAAACCCCAACCAUCGAGUUCCUCCACACAGCGAGAGGC